GCGGGGCCGGGGGCGGCGGCGGGGUCCCGGGACCCCCCCCUUGUCCCCUCCCGGCCGCCCUUAGAGCCCGGCCCGGCCCGGCCGCGCCGUCUGUCCGCCGGGGGUGCCGGCCGGGCUGCCAUGGAGGCGGAGCGGGGCCUCCUCCCGGCCCUACUGCUGGUGCUGCUGGCGGCCGGUGGGCAGCAGCCGGGUGCCGCCGACUACUGCAGCUGGAGGGGCAGUGGUUUGAGCUGGGAGCCCCGUUCCCGUGCAGUGGAGCAGGUCCACCUGCGCUGCACUGAGGGCUCCCUGGAAUGGAUGUACCCAGCGCGAGCCCUGCGUGUCGUUCUGGAGCCCAACCUGUCCAGUGCCCAGCACACCACCGUCUGCAUCAAGCCAGCCAGCGACUUCCAGGGUGCCAGCAUCUACGUGGAACGUGCUGGGCGGCUACAUCUGGUGGUAAGCGAGGCAGGAGGCACUCGACCCCACCACGUGUCUUGCUUCAGUGCCCACACACCGCAACGAGUGGCCCUCUUCCUGCAGGCCAGCCCCCAGAAGGACAUCAGCCGCCGGACGGCCAGCUUCCAGUACGAGCUGCUGGGCAACCAGAGUGCUGCUGGCCCUGACUUCAAAAAGAUGACACUGGUCAAAGCUAUGUGCCGUCCUUGUGACAACGUGGAACUUCUUAUGGCUAUUUGCAGCAGUGAUUUUGUGGUGAAAGGAUCUAUCCGAAAUGUUUCCCACGAUUCUGAGAACCACAUGUCACAGGUUGAUGUCAACGUCCAGAAAGUCUACAGACAGAAAAACAGAAUUUUCCAGCAGGAUGAAGCAAGUGGUGAAUGGCGAGGCCCUAUACGAACCCUGCUACAGUGCAAGGUGAAGAAGGGAACUGGAGAUUUUCUUUUCACUGGAAAUGAACAUUUUGGCGAAGCCUGGUUGGGCUGUGCUCCUCGGUUUAAAGAUUUCAGUUUCAUUUACCAUGCUGCCAGAGAAAGAAGAGCCAACCCAUGCGAGUUUCAGCUCAAUUGACAGGAGUAACACAGGACGUGAGAGUUGAAAAAGUUUGGCCCUGUUUUUGGAUACUGAAUCUGAAACAGCAUUAAAACCAAGGGCUAAAACUAACAAUUUCACCAAAACAGGAGCCUGGAGAAUUUCUUGGAGAUAAUGGCUCUGUGAGCCCUGUAAACUUUGACCACUAAUCCAUAAACUGGGUUGCAUUACUUUCUCCCUCUUCAAAUCCUCUUUGCCUCAAAAAAUAACUGUGAGUUUUGAAAAGGUUAUCUUUGUUUUGUAGUUAGAAGGCAGCUAGUGCUCAGUAUUAAGAUAUUCUCUCCAUCUUUACUCUGGGCACUUACUAUGUGCUUUUUCUCUAUUUUUUUUCCUCUCUUCACCCAUCUCCAGUUGAUUUCCCUUCCAUUUGAUUCCUAUUUAUCUUCUUAACUACGAGAUCAUUUCUGGGCAUCUCACCACUUCAUCAUUCCACAUUCCUAUGAUUAUAGCUAAAACCAUAGUUAGCAUUUGUUACUAAACCCUCAAACAAUUGGUAGGUUUGCCAUUUUUUUCACCUUCUGUAUGUCAGUAGAAAUAUUAACUAACCCUCUGGAGCAGGAUCACAGCUGAUGUAAUUCCACAAUUCUCUGUUGAUUUCAGCAUAAUUGAUAGUAUCGGAUUUUGUUCCACAUGACAAAUGAGAGAUACAGCACUAAGCUCAUAUGAACUGGUAUCAUUACCAGAUGAGGAAAGCUCUUCGAGAAAUGCAUUGAAAUAAUCAGAAGUUUAGGUCGUAGCAUUGUCUGCAUUGGAAUGUAAUAGUAGGUUUUCAUAGUACUGGAUCUACAGCUAGCUCUAGUUAUUGUUGAGUGCACAAUAGGAAAGAGCUAAGAGAAUUGGCUCUUGGAAAGUAUUAGAGGAUAUACAGGGGUAUCCAAGUACAUGGCUUUUGAGAGCUGGAGAUCACUGCUACAUCUGAGAUUUUAAAUGGGGUACUCUUUGGUAUUUGCACUGUAGAUGUGAGAGAAAAUGUGAGAGAUAUCUCUGUCUUGGUAUAGAUUAGAGGAACUACUAUAGAUUAGAGGUACUGCAUUUCUUGUUUUGUAUAUUUGCUAUAUUUGUACAUAGCAAACGUGUGUGUUGUGGUGGUUUUUGUUGUGUGUGUUGGUUUUUGUUUUUUUUUUUUCAUUUUAAAGGGUCCUUAGUGAUUUUUCAAUGGCAUCAAUACUAUAAUUAAUAUUAGCUUUCAUGGAGCAUUGUUCCUUUGAAACAAUGUGUUCUUUUUCCAACAAAUAGGUACUUCAGUUAACAAUUGGUUGAAAACCUGAAAUAACCCAGUGUGAUUGAAAUAUCAUACAAGAUACAUACUUCUGAAGUGCAUGUGAUCCAGUGAUUUAAUCCACAGCUAUGCAGGCUUGUCUGCAUUGUAAUGAGUAACAUGAAAUUCCUGCAAUCGGUGAUCCAUAAUGAAGAGAUUACUAGAGCUUGUGGAUGUUGAAUAUAUUAAUUCUGUUUCACUGUAGUCUCCAUACAUUGCAUGGAGUUGAGAUCACUGUUGUGACACCAGUAACAUGUAGAGAGGUACCCAAAUGUUUCCAAGUGCUGGAACAAAAAGCUUUGGCAGGGGAAAAUCUUUUAGUUUGAAUUUGUUUCAGAUUUUAAACAAAUACUCUGAAGGAACAAAGAAGAAAGUAAAAGCAUCGCAUUGUUCUUCCCCUACGGGCCUUCCUUACCACUUUGCUAGCAAAUGGGAAAACAAACAAUAGAUAGGAAAGUGAAAGAGAAGAGCUGGGGAAAAAAAAAAAAAAAAAAAAAAAAAAAAAAAAAAAAAA